UUAUUCGAAGCUGGGUUUGUUUUAGGCCAUUGAUAUUUGAUUCCUCUCUCUUUCUCUCUCCCUCUCCCUCUCUUUCUCUUUCUUUCUCUCGCAAAAACCGUAUCGACAAUGUCUGGGGAAUCAGCCAGCGCUAUUCCAAAGGGUCAAGUUGAUCUCUUAGAUUUCAUAGACUGGUCUGGGGUUGAAUGUCUCAAUCAAAGCUCCACCCACUCUCUCUCCAAUGCUAUCAAACAGGGUUAUAGAGAAGAUGAGGGUUUGCAUCUGGAGAGUGAUGCAGAUGAACAGCUUUUGCUCUAUAUUCCUUUCACACAAGUUAUUAAACUCUACUCCAUUGUUAUCAAAGGUCCUGAAGAUGAAGGCCCCAAGACGGUGAAGUUAUUUUCUAACAAGGAGCAUAUGGGAUUUAGUAAUGUCAAUGAUUUUCCACCAAGUGGUGUGGCAAAUAUGUCGGAAGAAAACCUUAAUGGGAAACCAGUACUUCUAAAGUAUGUCAAAUUCCAAAAUGUUCGUAGCUUGACAAUUUUUAUUGAGGACAACCAAACAGGUUCAGAGAUCACAAAAGUUCAGAAGAUUGUGCUGCAUGGUUCAACCGUUGAAACAACGGACAUGAAGGGUUUGAAGAAGAUUGAGGAUCAUUAAUCAUCGAGGAGAUUCGAGUUUUCUCCCAAUCCUCCAUUAGAAAUUUUGAUUGGAAAUGUUAUGUUAGCUUCGUGAAUGAUGAUGGUUUAUGACUUCUAAUGUCUAACUCAUUUCAAAUAAAACUGAUGCAAACUAUAUCCAUAUGAUUGUGACAAUUUGUGUUUGGAAGCAAACAUUUCAAGCUGCAUGAUUAUUUGUUGUC